AUGAAUUUACAAGAUAUUUGCAUUCCUAAGGAUACAAAAUACGAGCACCAGACGCCACUGCUGUACUCGACUACUGAGAGUUUCGACAAUAUACUUUCCAACAGUGUAUUACCAAGCAAGCAGUAUCUGUCUAGUAAUGAGAGCGGAGAUGGCUCUGUGGGUACUAAUGAGCAUAAUAAUCAAAGUCGUGGGAAUAGUGAGGAUGUGAGAGAAAUCAGCACAGUGGCUCAACCAUCGCAUCCAGAGAGUAAAGUUUCGGUGGUGACACCAUUUUUGGUGAAGCAUAUUAGCGAUCAGUCCAUGAUACCCAAGGAUAAUUUUCAUCGGUACUGCUACAGACAUAAUCCGGAUGUGACGUGUAAUAAACAAACUGACGAAGUCAAGAUGAAGAAAAUACAGAAACAAAUGGAGAAAUUGCCUUCGAGAGACCAAGAAGCCAUAAAUCAUGUAUGGUCAAUUUUCAGCGCCGCACCUGACCCACAUAGAUCGUUGAUAUUACAAGGUUUGUUAAGCCAAUGCUGUUUUCCCCAAUUAUCAUUUAUAUCGCAAGAGGUAAGCUCAUUAAUUAAGAUAGACUUCAUUUCUACCUUGCCAAUGGAAAUAUCGCUAAAAAUAUUGUGUUACCUUGAUUGUGCAUCUUUAUGUAAUGCGGCACAGGUAUCGAGAAAAUGGAAAUGUCUUGCUGAUGAUGAUCGGGUGUGGCACCACAUGUGUGAACAGCACAUCGAUAGAAAGUGUCCAAAUUGUGGAUGGGGAUUACCAUUAAUGCAUAUGCAAAGAGCGAGAAAUAUGAAUUACGAUGAAUAUAACAACAAAAAGAGAAAGCUUGAGAAUGUGGAGUCAUCAAAUGGCUCUAACAGUUCGGAGGUGGAAUUAGAGAUUAAAAGGAUGAAGGUUACACGUGAUGAACAGGACAAACAACGGAAACUCUUGAAGAAAAGGCCAUGGAAAUCGGUCUAUAGCGAAAGAUUUAAAUUGGAAAAGAAUUGGCGUAAGGGAAUAUAUAAAAUCAAAACAUUUGAAGGGCACACAGAUGGUGUUACGUGCUUGCAAUUUAAUAGAAAAUAUCUUAUGACUGGUUCAUAUGAUAAUACUGUUAAAAUAUGGAAAGUGGAAACUGGUGAGUGUUUGAGAACUUUGACUGGACAUACACAGCCAAUAAGAUCGUUAGUGUUUGAUUCUCAGAAAUUGAUCACUGGAGGCUUGGAUUCAACGAUAAAGGUAUGGAACUACCAUACUGGUGAAUGUAUUUCAACAUAUAGAGGCCAUGACGCAGCUGUUGUCAGUGUUGAUUUUCUGAAUAAAACAAUUGUUUCCGGUUCUGCUGAUCACACGGUGAAGGUAUGGCAUGUUGAUUCAAGAACAUGUUACACACUAAGAGGACAUACGGACUGGGUCAAUUCAGUGAAAAUUCAUCCUUUAUCAAAUACAGCGUUCAGUGCUUCUGAUGAUACUACCAUUAGAAUGUGGGACUUACAAAACAAUCAAUGUUUGCGUAUAUUUGGGGGUGUUGAGAAUAACGGGCAUUUGGGACAUGUCCAAUGUGUGAUUCCAUUAAUUUAUAAAGAUAAAUUAAUUCAAGAUAAUAAUGAGAGUGAUACGGAAAAUAAUGGAGAUUCAACCAGUAAUGAUUUAAACUCUAAUCAAGAUUUACAAAAUGAAGAGAUAAAUAAUAUUCAAUUACCUGGCAAUAAGAAUUAUCCAACACAUUUAUUAACUUCAUCACUUGAUAACACCAUUAAACUUUGGGAUGUCAGAACUGGAAAGUGCAUUAGAACUCAAUUUGGCCACAUUGAAGGAGUGUGGUCUAUUAGUGCUGAUACAUUUAGGAUCAUCAGUGGUGCCCAUGACAGGUUAAUUAAGGUUUGGGAUUUACAAAAUGGUAAAUGUUUACAUACUUUUGGAAGUAAUUCGAUUGUUAGUUGUGUUGGUUUAAGUGAUUCGAGGUUUGCGGCUGCUUUAGAAAAUGGGUGUGUUAAAAUGUACUGCUUUGAUUAA